CAUCCUUUUUCCCUCUCCUCUUUCCCAAGCUUCUCGUUCUUUAUAGGCUCCUUUCCCGAGAAGCGGCCGAUCGUAUUCACGGCAGAGUCACGGUUCUGCAGCGACUCAUAAACCACAAUCUUAUUUUACCAAGAGCCUUCUCGGCGCCGGAUAUCAGUGUGUCAAACGCUACCCGAGUGUGAACAUGGAUACAUGGGAAGAUGCAUCACUGCCUCUCAGAUUGUAGUAAACUCAAAACGAAAAUGACGAUCAAAUUCUGUUUGUUCGAUUUUCUUCUUUUGUUAUUUAUCAAUCACGGGAAUACUCAAGGAAAUAUCAGCUUGUCUCCUGCGAAUCCAUUGUACUGGUUAGACAGUUACAUCAAAAUCACCUGCAGAACUUACUUGCCCAACAUCAAAGUGAAGGAAUGCAGCUGGUUUAUAAACGACGGCAAAGUUUCAAAUGGAGAAAUCUAUCAGUUUUCUGUGGACGAGAAGCAAAGACAAUGUGUUAUUACUGUUAAAUUGGCGGCAACUGCCAAAAAUGGCAAAUGGAGAUGUCUGCUUCACCUGUCGGCUUCUAGUAGCAUUUCAGAAAUAAGUGCUUCCACCAAUGUGGCCAUUUUCGAGUUAACUCUGAGAGAAUUCGUUAUAACCAUUUGCGGUAUACCCAUUUUUUUGGCAAUGUCGCUCAUUAUUGCAGGGCUAAUAAUGAAAAAUCGGCGCCAAAUAAGUCCUGUGGAACCGCGAAAUUGUUUCGUUGCUUCAGCACCAGGGAUUUUGGAAGGAGGUUUAAAUGGCGAAAUGCCACCCCCGCCUUCGUAUGACACAGUUUUUGGCGACAGAAUGCUUACCGAUCAGCUCGCCCGACUAGAGUUUUCCGGGUUUCAGACUUGCACAGAAGGUCGUUCAUCUCUUCAAAAUAACGACGAACCAGGAAACUUUGAGCCAGCGUUCAAAAGUAGAUCAGCCCCUACUUUGGUUGUCGCAUAGAACAGUGUUUCGAAGAAUACAAGAUAACGCUGCCUAUGAAUUAAUGAAACUUAAAUAUUUACAUAUAAACGAGAUCUAGGUAAACUUGUAUUAUCCUUGGUUUGCCACGGAUGGUUUCAACUGAACAUGUACAUAUGGAAGUCGGGUUCGUCGGGAUUAACCUUCUUCUAAUAUU